AUGCAAACCCUGAAGAGUUUUGCUGAGGGUCUGGCAGAAGACACAGCAAUUGACAAAUUCAAUGAACUGGCAGAAAAGUAUAUAAAGACCAAAAACCCAUACAUAGAGACUUUGCCAGAUGGAUCAACAAGAAAGCUAAAACUUCCAGCUAGCGCGACAAAGCAAGAGCAAAAGCAGUGGAAGAAAAUCCAGAAGCGAGCAUGGUUGGAUGACAAAUGCUUUAUGGGCUGUUACCCGGUUGAUUGUGGCUGUGGAUUGGGACCAAUAAUGGUUAUUCUUCCAGGAAUCGGACCAUAUUUGAUGUAUUUGGUUCAUUUGAAGUUGAUUCAGAUGGCCGUUAGUAAAUUCCACAUCGAUGCCGCCACACAGGCAAAGCUUCAUGCAAAUAUCAUAUUCGAUCUUCUUAUCACUCUCCCACCCGUGAUUGGCUCUUUUUUCGCUUGGUUAAAUGGUUGCUCAACGAGAAACGCAGCAAUUAUCCAUACUGAGAUCAGAAAGCAGUUGCUGGAGAGAGAAGGCACCCAUGAACAGCAAACUGUACCGAUUGAAAAUGUUGAUAACCGGCCUAAUGUAAACCACAAUAAUUCUGGUAACCCAGACAUAUUUCAAGCAAACCGUCCCGAGCAACAGGAAAUCCGAAAAGCAUCUGUGAAUCAGCAAAGCAGGCCAUACAACGAGAAUCUGUAUGGAAAUAUGCCUAGAAAGGGCUUGAAUACCGGACAGAGCCAACAAUACAAUACGUACCAGCAUGUAAAUAGACCUGUGAAGGAGAAUAACGAUAAUCAGCAUAAAGAUAUUCCUCGUUAUCCAACUUAUAUACACAACCAUCCAAAUCGAACUUCAAACCAACAUUACAUGAACAGACCUAUAGAACAUCCUAAUAGGCCUCUUCCAGAGAUUCCUCACACCACUCCCACAGUCAGCAGAUCAUACAGCGAUAAUCCAUAUUCCACCACCUCUACACCUUUCUCUAGACCUCCUGCAUACGGAAAUACUUCCAAGUUAUCUCAGAAAAAGGAGCAACUUGCAAGUUUGAACCGUCAAUCUCAGGUUGCAGACUCUAGAGCUGAAUAUUAUCCGAGCUCUCCCAGACAGGAAACGUAUCAUCCAGGUACAUCUUUAUCCAAUGGGAGACGAGCUUCACCAAACACCUCUCGGAGACCUCCUCCUGGAUAUUUCGGUAAUUGA